AUGCAAAUGUUUGACGGCACGACGGAUCCGACCGACCACAUCGCUCAGUACAAGCAAAGGAUGUUCACUGCCGCAAUUCCUCGUGAAUUAAGGCAGGCCUGCAUGUAUAUAUUUGUGCAGCAAUAUGCUAGUAGCAGGAAACUUGAAAAGAUAUCGGAGGAUCUAUACGCCGUGGUGCAACAGCGUGGUGAAUCUCUCCGAGACUAUAUCAGCCGAUUCAACAAGGAGAAGGUGUCCAUCACCAACUGCAACAUCCAGACAGCGGUGACCGCCUUCCGAAAGGGUCUCCUGCCCGACUCAGACCUCUACAAAGACCUCACCAAAUACCCUUGUAGAACAAUGGAGGACGUGCUUGCCAAGGCAUGGGCACAAAUCAAGUGGGAGGAAGAUCAAUACAGCCACCACCGAUCUUCACCAAGCAGAAACUCUAGAAGAGACUCCAGGGUGGAAAGGAAGACGAGUGAUAGGCGGUCUGAGCCUUACCCGUCUCCACGAUAA